UUUCAGAAUGUAGUGCUGAUGACACUGAUGGUGUUCAGCCUAAACAUAAGCCCAAUUACAUCAACUGAUGCCACACAGUUUACUGUAAGGGAUGGGAUACUGAAACUACCUAUAAAGGACACAAGCAUGAACCGGCUUUAUCUGAUCAACAAAAGAAUUUCAACAAUAGGAGCUGGUGAAUUUUCUGGUUUACUUUCUUUAGAAACAUUGUUCUUGAGUGACAAUGAACUAUCACAGUUAGAAGUUGGUACAUUCACUGGUUUGGUAUCUUUGGAAUGGCUAAACAUGGACAACAAUAGACUAUCAGAAAUAACAUUCAGUGAUUUUUCUGAUUUUGAUGGAUUAUUGAAAGGGCUAUACCUGAGUAACAAUAGCCUAAGAAUACUGAGAGGGAAUUAUUUCUGUAACCUAACAUCCCUCAAAGAUCUUACGCUCAACAAUAAUGAAAUAUCACAUAUAGAGGCUAAUGCAUUUUCUGGCUUGACGGCAUUGGAAAAGCUAUACUUAAGUAACAAUAAACUCACAAUAUUAACUAAUGGGAUAUUCUCUGACUUGAUAUCCCUAAAAUACCUCCUACUUCCAAGAAAUCUACUUUCACAAAUAGAGGUUGAUGCUUUUUCUGGUUUGCAGUCAUUAAAUCAGUUAAAUUUGGAGUACAGUAAGCUUACAAUAUUAGACAGAGGGUUGUUCUGCAAAUUGGAAAGACUGACAUUUUUAGAGUUGGCAGGAAAUAAUCUAGAUCCUUCACAACCUACUAACCUUGAUGCAAUAAGGGAACUUUGCUUGGCAUUAAUGAUUUUACCAACCCAACAAUCAACCCAAACAACCCAAUAA